GUCUUUAUAUAUAUAUAAGUAGUGGCACUUAGCCAGAGAGUGAGGCCACGGCUAUCUAUACACUAUAGCUUAGCUAGCUAGCCGGCCAUGGCGGCGUCGGCGCUUCAAGCGGCGGCGAUCGCCGCCGUCCUCUUCCUCCUCCCUUCCCUCUUCGCGGCCGUCGCGGCGCAGUCCAAGGCCAAGGCCUUCUGCAUCAGCCAGUUCGCCAUCGCCAGCCAGGCGUGCUCCAUCCUCCCGCCUAGUCCCCCCGACGAGCACGACGACGACGACGACGACGACGACGACGACGAUGAUGACGACGACGACGACGACGACGAUGAUGACCACGACGAUGACGACGACCACGGUGGUGGUGGUGACGACGACGACCACGGCGGCGGGGAUCACCACCGUGUGCGCCACCGCCACCGCCACCACCGCGACCGCGGGCGCCGUGGCCACGCCGCCGUGGUCGACCUCUCGGCGCUCGUGGCGGGCAACGGCAGUGGCAGCACGCAGAUCGCACCCGCCGUAGCCGGGAACGACACCGCGGGCCACCGCGGCAACCGCACCGCCCGUGGCGGCCGCGGCGGAGGCCGCGGACGGCGCCGCGGCCAUGGCAGGCGCGGCCGUCUUCGCGGUGACGACGACGACGAAGGCGGCGGCGGCGACGACGAUGACCACCAUGACGACGACGACGACCACGAGCACGACCACGACGAGCACCACGACGAGGAGCUGAGGGCGUACCGCGACUGCUGCCGGUGGCUGCAGGAGGUGUCCAAGGACUGCGUGUGCGACGCGCUGAUGCGGCUGCCGCCAUUCCUGGUGAAGCCGCAGCACACGUACGUGGUGAGGGUCGGAAGGACGUGCAAGAUCACCUACCGCUGCGGCGGUGUCUAGCCGGCGGCGACGUCGCCGCCGGCGAGGCGAAUGCAAGCUACUCGAUCGUGGUUGAUUACCGAGCUGAGUUUGGGUUGGCGUCACGUCGUUGCUCGCGUCGUCGUCGUCGUCGUCCCUCUGUUUUAACUGUCUGUUUUUCCAUUAUGGUUAUUCAUGUUUGGGCAUUUAUUUGUUCUCCUAAUUAGAUUAUUAUUAUCAGGUAGAUAUAUAUGAAAUAUGAUGAGGUCCUUGACUAUCAGCUAGAUUUUAAAAAUCUGAACUUCGGGAUUUAUGUUUCAA